AUGAAGUUCUCUCUUGUCGCUGUUGCUUCCCUUGCUCUCGCCGGUAUGGCUUCUGCUGCUCCUGCCAUCAACUGCAGCAAGACCGUCACUGCCGUUCAAACCACCACCUGUGAUGCUUUCGCUAAGGCUCAAGGUAUUGCCCCUGAGGUCUUUGCUACCGUCAACAAGAUUGUCGACCUUGACCAAGCCUGCACUAUCAACGCUGGUGACAAGGUCUGCGUUGAAGCUCCCAAGACCAAGGCUAAGCGUUGCCUCGCUGAAAAGAAGGGUUCCUCCUCCUCUUCUUCUUCCGAUGAGGAAGCUGCUCCUGCUGCUGAUGCCGCUUCCACUGAAGCUGACUCCAAGCCCGCCUCCAACUCUGGUGCUCCCUCUGAAUAUGCUCUUUCCAAGGAGCAAGUUGAGUCCCAAGGCUUGAAGUUGGUCAACAAGAUCAACCCCAACUGCAAGUGGUUCUACACCAUCACCCCCGAUGAUGUUGCCUGUGAAGAUGUCUCUGCAAAGAACAACAUUGAUCAAGCUACCCUCUUCAAGUUGAACAAGAACCUCCACAGCAAGGCUCCCAACACCUGUGACAACCUUGACACUGGCAAGACCUACUGCGUUGGCUUGUAA